AUGCAUGUUCUAAUCAUCGGUGGUAGCGGCCGGACCGGCCAGCUGACGAUUGUAGAGCUUCUUCGUCGAGGACACCAAGUGACAGCAUUGGUGCGAAACCCCUCUGCAAUGAAACAGCAACUUGGCCUGAAACUUGUGCAAGGGACUCCGACCAGCAGAGAUGAUGUGUGGGCUGCAUUCCACAUCGAUGUUCCGGACGUGGUUAUUGUAACCCUCAAUUCUCCUCGAGCUUCCGACAGCCCAUUUGCUGCCCCGAUUUCACCGCCGCGUCUCAUGGCUGACUGCAAUAAUAAUGUCAUUUCGGCCAUGAAAGAAUUUGGGGUCAAGAAGGUCGUCAUUCUACAAGCAUUCGGUGUGGGGGAUUCCUGGAAGAACAUGAAUUGCGCCUUGCAACUGUUGAUGAAGAAGUCCAAUAUGAUCUACCAGUACGAGGACCAUAACCACACGGAUCGCGAAGUACGAGCAAGUGGUAUCGACUUUGUCCUCGUCCGUCCGUCACGACUGGUGGAUACCGACGUCCGGGAGGUAAAGUUCUGGCCACAAGAUGGCAAAGGGGUUCCACUGAUGGCUAGCACCAGUCGUGUAAGCGUCGCCGGUUGGCUAGUGGAUGCCGCGGAAAGGACUGACUGGGAUAAUACUGCCCCAGUGAUUACGAAUUAG